GCCUAAUUUCAUCCAUCUGGGCUUUACUGCUUAUACAACCUCGACGACAGAAAUAAUAUGCGACAUAUAGCAUGAACCGUGCGUGUUAAGUGUGCGUUCAAGUCCAGCAUGCCCACCAAGAACGUUGACGAGCGAAUCUCCAAAUACAAAAACAAGGGGAAAGAUCCUGCAAAAUUUCGAGACAAAAGGAUCUUGGAGUGCGUGGAGCUGCGCAAAGCAAACAAAAAUGAAAGUUUUAUGAAAAGAAGAAACCUAACAAGGUCAUCUGUCCCUGACGAGGAGGCCGUUUCGCCUGAUACCGAGACGGUGGCCCCGAGGAUCGAGGACAUAAUAAAAGACAUUAAAAGUGCGUGCAGAGUGUCCCAGACGCAAGGCUGUCGGGCAGCCAGGAAGCUGCUUUCCACAGGAUGUGAUCCUCCCCUGAAGGAGAUUAUAGAUGCUGGCCUGCUGUCCCAUUUUGUGUCCUUCCUGUCAAUGGAUGAUGAGCCAGCUCUGCAGUUUGAGGCAGCCUGGGCUCUUACAAACAUCGCCUCUGGCACAUCUUGGCAUACACAACAGGUGGUAGAACAUGGGGCCGUACCACCUUUCAUUAACUUGCUGGCCUCUCCGAUGUUGCACAUCAGUGAACAGGCUGUCUGGGCUCUUGGAAAUAUUGCAGGUGAUGGUGCAGCUUACAGAGAUGUCCUGAUUGAGUGUAAUAUCAUCCCAGCCUUGUUGGCUCGCAUCUCCCCAGACACACCAGUUGGCUACCUGCGUAACCUAACAUGGACUUUAUCCAAUCUUUGUCGAAACAAGAAUCCAUGUCCGCCUGUGUCUGCUGUCCAUCAGAUGCUUCCAUCUCUGAUCCAGUUGCUCCAUUUCAAUGAUAAGGACAUCUUGUCUGAUGCAUGCUGGGCCAUUUCUUACCUUUCGGAUGGCAACAAUGACCGUAUUGAUGUUGUUGUGAGAACUGGCAUUGUCCCUCGACUGGUGGACCUCAUGAACCACAAAGAGUUCUGUGUGGUGACGCCAGCUCUUCGUUCUAUUGGGAACAUAGUGAGUGGCUCUGAUGUGCACACCCAGAUGGCAAUUGAUGCCGGAGUUCUUGACAUUCUACCAAAGCUGCUGAGGCACCCAAAGGCCACUGUGCAGAAGGAGGCAACAUGGGCACUGUCAAACAUUGCUGCAGGACCUUGUAAGCAAAUCCAACAGCUGAUCACCUGUGGCCUGCUUCCUCCCCUUGUUGAACUGCUCAGAAAUGGGGAUUUCAAGACACAAAAGGAAGCAGUGUGGGUGGUGACAAACUUCACCAGUGGGGGCACUGUAGAACAGGUAGUUCAUCUGGUGCAGAGUGGAGCCCUGGAAGCAGUCAUUGACCUGCUCCAGGUUAAAGAUGCUAAAGUUAUUCUUGUGAUACUGGAAGCCAUAAACAACAUGUUCUUGGCUGCAGAGAAACUUGGUGAAACGGCGAAGCUUAGUCUGCUGAUUGAAGAACUUGGAGGACUGGAACGCAUUGAGAUGCUGCAAAACCAUGACAAUGAUCUGGUAUACCAGGCUGCACAUAAUCUCAUAGAAAAAUAUUUCAGUGAUGAUGACCAGGUGGAUGUGACACAGGAUGUAUUUGUAUUUCAGACCUGAUCAGAGAAGGUUCUUUGAAUUUUAAACCUUUGAAUUUGUGUAAAAUAAAGUUGUCACUUGGCCAAUGCAA